GACCCAACACUAGAAGAGGAGACAGACGUGCGGUAGCGGAUGGAGCGCGCCGUCUCGUCGCGAGCGCCGGAUUCGGACUCGAACCUCGUCAUUCGUCAGCCAUACCGCGCUCUUCUUCUUGGGCUUCCUCCAAUCUCGACGCUCCUCUUCCCGCUCUCCAAGGAUGGGAAACGGCUCAGCUAAGGCCAAGCGCUCCAAGAAGCCCUCGCCGGACCCUCUGACGACGCGCGUCGACCAGCUGGAGCAGGAGCUGCGAGGGAAAGACCAGGAACUGGCCGCCAAAGAGCAGGUGGUCAGAAGUCUCCAAGAGAAAAUUGCCGCGCAGGAACAGGCCCUCAUGCACCUCAGCCAGGAGCUGCGGAAAAAGCAGCAGAAUGGGGUCCAAAACCAGAACGGAGACCGAAUGGCCGCCGGGGUCCCAGGAGUCGGUAUCAAGGAGACCCUCAAUAAGAGGAAGGGCGCCAAAGCGGGAGUGUCUGCAGAACCGACAUCCCGAACUUAUGACUGUAACCACCUGCCAAAGUUCUCCUUUGACAAAGCCCGAGUACCCAAAGAGUCCAGUGUGAAGAAGCAGUUGGUGGAGGCCCUGAACAGGAACCAGUAUCUGAAGCGUUUGGAGCCGCAGCAGCUCAGAGACAUUGUGGAAUGCAUGUUCCUGCGCAAGUACCAGCAGGGAGAUUUUGUGGUCCGGCAGGGAGAAGUUGGCAACCACCUCUUUGUCCUGGCAGAUGGUAAGUUGGACGUGUUUCAAGAGGACGUGCUGGUGUCGUCAAUGAUGGCGUGGACGGCGUUCGGGGAGCUGGCCAUCCUCUACAAUUGCAUGCGCACCGCCUCCGUGCGAGCUGUGAACAGAGUAUGCACGUGGGCUCUGGAGCGCGAGGCCUUCCAGAACAUCAUGCGGAGAACGUCCGAUACGCGCCACCACCAGUACGAACACUUCCUGCGCAGUGUGUCACUUUUGGCUGAUUUGCCCGACGACAAGAUCAGCAAGAUUGUGGACUGUCUGGAGGUGGAAUACUACAACAGGGGCGACUAUGUGAUCCGAGAGGGCGAAGAGGGCAGCACCUUCUACAUCAUCGCUCAAGGAAAGGUGAAGGUGACCCAGACUACAAAGGGCCACAAGAGUCCUCAGGUCAUAAACACGCUGCAAAAGGGCGACUACUUUGGAGAGAAGGCACUCAUCAGCAAUGACGUCAGGUCGGCUAACAUCGUUGCCGAUGACGACGGAUUGGAGUGCCUCCUCAUGGAUAGACAGACCUUUAACCAGACGGUAGGAACCUUCGACUCGCUCCAGAAACAUCUCCAGGGCUACGUGGCUACGCUAGACCGGAAGGACAUGAAGCGCCACGCCAGCAGGAAGUCGCUCUCACGGCACCCCAGUCAGACGCUGCCACCCGACAUGCUCCGCCUGAAGCAAAUGGCCGCUACCUUCCCGCCAUCCAGACCCCUCGACCACAUGGACGUCGUCGCCACACUCGGCGUCGGCGGAUUUGGCCGAGUAGAACUGGUGAAGGUGAAAGGCGAGGACGUGACGUUCGCGCUGAAGGUGAUCAAGAAGAAGCAUGUGGUGGACAACCGGCAGGAGGAGCACAUCCACUCGGAGCGCCGCAUCCUCGCCGAGGCCAGCUCGCCCUUUGUCGUCCGACUGUUCCGAACAUUCCGAGAUGACAAAUACGUCUACAUGCUGCUGGAGGCGUGUCUCGGAGGAGAAGUCUGGAGUCUUCUGAGAGACAGGGGCAGCUUCGACGAGCCCACCGCCAAGUUCUGCGUGGGCUGCGUGACCGAGGCCUUCGAGUACUUGCACCGCAAGGUGAUCCUCUACCGAGACCUCAAGCCGGAGAACCUCAUGCUGGACUCCGAGGGUUACGUCAAACUGGUGGACUUUGGCUUCGCCAAGAAGAUGCGUGGCGGUCAGAAAACAUGGACCUUCUGCGGGACCCCCGAGUACGUGGCCCCGGAGAUCAUCCUCAACAAGGGCCACAAUCUCAGUGUGGAUUUUUGGUCCCUGGGCAUCCUGGUGUUUGAGCUCCUGACUGGCAGCCCCCCAUUCACAGGAAGCGACCAGAUGGCCACCUACACCAGCAUCUUGAAGGGCGUCGACAAGAUGCACUUCCCCAAGAAGAUUGCUAAGAGGCCUCAGGACCUCAUACGCAAGCUCUGCAGGUUCCUCAAGGACCAACACGCACGGCACACACACAACCCAGUAAACCGCUUGUCCUUCUGGUUGAUCUUCCUCAGGGGGAACCCAGCUGAGCGGCUUGGAAACAUGAAAGGCGGCAUCGGCGACAUUAACAAGCACAGGUGGUUUAACGGGUUCGACUGGGCGAGACUAAAGGCUCAGACCCUGCCGUCGCCCCUCAAGAGACACGUGUCAGGUCCUCUGGACCACAGCCACUUUGACGUCUAUCCUCCCGAUGACAAAAUCCCUCCUGACGAGCUCUCGGGAUGGGACGCCGAUUUCUGAGCUCCGGCCAUCAUCGUCUUGACCGUUCCAAAAGUUCCACCUGGCCAUGAGAAAAACAAGAACAUCAUCAUUUGAGAUGUGGUGACUUUGUGGAAGUACAGCGUGCGCCUCACGUUAGUCAGCCUCUUUUGGUUCCCCCGACCGUCAGAAUGGAUUGUUUUGUAAAUGAAGACUGCUGGACACUUGGAUAAAAGUUUUCAUGGGAUUGCAUCAGGCAAAUGGAAUGGGGGAAAAAAGUCAUAAAAUACAAUGUGUGCUUUUGAAAAAUUCUUGAACAAAGAAAAUGGGUCUUCAUGAAAGAAAAAAAUAUAAAAUGAAAAAUAUUUACAGAAAUAAAGAUUUGAAAUCAAAACCGA